AUCAAAUUAUCGAAUUGCUAAGAAAGAUUAUUUCUUUUAAAGUGAGUUGUGUGGUAUCAGUGAUAUGAUUGUGAUACUCGUGAGAUGAUGAUGAUAUCAGUGAUAACAGUGUCUCAAAAAUUCUUUUCAUUAUAAGAUUAUAAAGUUCGUGAAAUAUGAGAUGAAUGUGAUGGUAUGAAUCGAACGACUCACUUUUUCUAAAACCACCCCCUACCCCCCCCCGGUAACAGUUUCAAUCACGAAAUAUUGUCGAAUAAUAUCGAACCAAAACAAUUGGAAGACAUUCCGUCACUCCAUUCCAGUCUGUCGUUACCAGUUAGUUUGUGACAUAGAUAUAUAUAAAUGUUUAUUAUAUAUAUAUAUAUAUUUAUAUGAUGUGUGAUAUGUACUAAACAUGGUUAAUGAUAACUUAUCUAUAGCCGUGAUAUUAAAUUGUAAAUAAUAAAUAGAUAAUAUUUUAUACGAGUACGAGUACUUACAACUAAAUACUUGUAAAUUAUAAAUUAUAAUACUAUUCAUACAUUUUCUUUAGUUUACGUACCUAGGUACUAAAAUUUGUAUAAUUUUACAACACAUUGCACAAGUACAAGAUUGUGUAUGCAUGAUUACUUGCAUGAUAUUAUUAUUAAAAAAAAAUGAGUAGACUGUAUACAAGUUAAGAAAUGACGUCUGUUCGGCCUUUGCAGUUAACGCUAGCCAUCAUGAAACCGCAUGUGGUGGCUUGUCCAUUUUCUCUGCUCGUAAGUAUUUUCUAUUACUAUUAUAACAUUGUAAUGCACUUUAAUCUCUACACGCCGUGUGCAUUAAUAUUGAUCGUAUAAACAAGUUGGUCCAUCGUUUUAGAGAAUAUUUAAGAAUGCCUGUCAAAUCUAUCCGAUCUGGUUGAUAUUACUAGGUAUAUGUUCAUUAAAAAUAAUGUAUUUAAACACAUAUUAUUUAGAUUUCUAAUGUUUCACUGUAUCUGCAGGAUAUCAGACGUACAAUACUUGACAAUGGUUUUUAUGUCGUACGUUCGGUGCGUCAAACUAUGAAGUUGGAACAGGCAGAACGAUUUUACAAUGAACAUAAAUCUAAGUUUUUCUACAAUCGACUCGUGACGUUCAUGACAAGGUAAACAAAAAUUGAUUAUAAAACUUAAAAUGUUGAGUACCUAAACCUUUCCAAAUAUUCGUCCAAUUUGUGUUCAAAUUAGCGGACCAUCAGAAGCAUAUUUGCUGGCCAGAGAAGACGCAAUUGCUGUUUGGCGCUGUUUAAUGGGACCUACUAAAGUUUUUAAAUGUCAGUUAAGUCAUCCCAAUACUAUUAGAGCUAAACACGGGCUUACGGAUACUAGGAAUGCUACACAUGGAUCUGGUAACUAAGUAUUUGACUAAUGUAUAUAAUUUUCUGUUUGAAUCAUAGAUACAAUGACAAAUCUCUGAUUGAUCUAAUUGGUCUAAUUAACUUAUUUUUCAACCAUGCCUAUAAUAUUGUACUUCAUACAAUUAAAUACAUCAUAAGAAAUUGUUAAAUAUUUCAUUAAAAUUAUAAAUUAGGUUUGUGAAACAUAUGUAUAUAUAUCUAUGCAUAUUAUGCUUGUGUAUAGUAAUUUAAUACUUUUUGUAUCUUCAUGAGAAUUCUUUUAAAAAUUGAUUUUAAAUAUUCAAUAUUACACUGUACAAUCUCUUGUAUAAUUAAUAAUUAUAAUAACCAUAAAUGUACUGUUUGGCCUUUUAGGGUGUAAAAAAAUUUCAAAAUAUAAUUUGUAUUGUUUAUGUAAUUAUAUGUAAAGAUAAUAAAAUAUUAAAAAACCAAAAAAUGACAUAAUUAUUUAAUAUUCUUUUAAUUUAUCUAAAUAUGUUAAAAAUGAUAAUACAUUUUUAAAUAUUCUAUUUUUUAUCAAAUUACAACAAUAAAAACAAAAUUAAAUUUAAAAGUAACCUGUUUUUCACAAAUAAGAAGAGUAAGAUUAAGAAAAGUAAAAAAAUGACCUACAAUUGAACCUACUAGAUAUCAUUUGGCACAAGAAACCACCCUUAAUGAUGAUUAAAAUACCAUAUUUGUUUGAAAAAUUAAAUAUACUAACUUUUACAGACAUGGAAAGUUGUAUUGUUCAUAACUAUUGAAAACUGCAAUUAUUUGUUUUAUUUUUCUAUUAGUUGGUACUGGUAUCCAUCUAUAAUAUGCUUUUAUAUACGGACUGUAUAUUUUGUUGUUAAUAAUAUUAUUGGUUUCAUAAUUUUGUAUGUAAAUUUCAGAUAAAAGACCACUUAAAGGACCAUUCAUAACUAACCCAUCUUUUUGCGAUUAUAAUUUAUUGUUAUAUUGGACAUAGUUUUGAUUAAUAAUUACAUUUAUUGAUUGAAUAAUUUCUUGUACAUCGUUUUUAUUAAAUUUAUUACUGUUUUCUGUUUAGGAAUGAAUGUACAUACAUUUUUGACAUCAAGGGAAAUCAUCUUGUAACCUCCUGGCACAAUAUUAAUUUUAUUAAUAAAAUCAUAAGUGUUUUUUAUAGAAGCAUCAGUAUUAAUAUUUAAUUUUUCUGAGAUAGUCUAAAUAUUUAGUUAUGUUAUAAGCUGGAGUAGUUUUAAAGCUAAUUAAUGAAUGAAUCAGAUUAUGUAAUUUUAUGAAUGGAUGUAAGUGUAGAGCCUCUACUUUUAAUAUUUUCUAAUAAUACACAACUCACCAAAUUAUGUUAUUAACUAUUGUAGUAUAAAUUACCGAAAUAAUAUGUCUAACGAAUUUGCUAAAAUUCUUAACAAUAAUAUAAAUAAUGUAAAAUCGAUUUUAAGACUAAUAAUAGUUUAAUCAAACAUAUAAACUAUGAAACUAAAAACUUAACAAAAAUCUCCUUUCUUUUGAAAAUGCUGGUAUAUACAAAUUUAAAUGUAACUGUAAUAAAUUGUAUGUAAGUAAGACAAAUAGAAAUUUUAAAAUAAGAUAUAAAGAACAUAUUUCAGAAAUAAAAUUAAAAAAGACUGCCCCUAAUUCAAAUUUUGCUAAACAUAUUUUGAAAAUAACCAUAAUAUAGAUUUUGAUAUUAAUACAGACUUAGAAAUAUUAAGUACCCAAAAUAACAUUUAAAUUAAUUCAGUUUUCGAAGAAUUGCAAAUACACAAUGAAAAAAAGAAAAAUAAUUUUAAUAAUAUUUUAAAUGUUUAAACCAAUUUUAAAAAUAAUAUCUUAUGUCAAUACAUUUUAGAUAAUAAAUAAUAACCAAAUAGUUUAUAUUUCUUAACAUAUCUAUGUCUAAUAAUAACUAAUUUUAAAUAAUCUCUCCUAUUAAAAUAAAUUCUAAAUUUAUGUAAAACGGCCAAUUUGUACAUUUUUUUUUCUAUGUAUUACUUUAUUUGAUUUUUUAUAUUUAGUCGCUUUUUACAUUUUGACUGAUAUACCUGCAUUUUUUAUAUGAAACUGGUCAUAUAAUACACUUAUCAUAAUACUCCAGGCGACGCAUUUGUUUAUUUAUUUUAUUUUUUUAUUUAUAUAUUUAUUUAAUUAUUUAAAUAAUUACAUUUACGAAUUGCUGAAAAGAAUAAACAAUUUUUCAUUGUAAAAAAAAAAUGUAUUUAUUACCAUCUCUGUGUAAUGAAUGUAUUUAAAAUUGUUAAAUGCAGAUAAGAUACAUGUCCAAUAAUUUAAAAUGACUGCCAAUGUUCAUGUUAAAUUUUGGAAAAUAUUGAGAUUAUUAAUUUUUAAAAAUAUGGAUAGUAAUGUGAUUUGUUGAUUUGUAUGCCUAGCUGCUUCUCAAUCUUGUCUAAACAGUUUUUUGUGUCUUUUGUAAAAUUAAGUUUUAGGGAUACGUCCUCUUUCUGCAAUUAGUGAUUCAUAUAUUCUCUUACGAGGUUACAAAUUCUGUUUUAACUUUGUGUUGUAAUACUAAGGGGGGGUAUAAAUAAUAAGUGAUAAAGGAACAAGGAAGUCGUAAAAUAUUAGGUGAUAAUUAUAUUAGCUUAACAAAAACUGGAUAAAAACAAUUAAGUUAUCUAGCCAUGGGACUGCUGGCAUCAAUCCUUUUCUUUUGAAUAUUCAGUUUACUGACAACAUUUAAUAUAUUAAACCCAGGAUUCGUUGAUAAUUAUCCAAUCCUUAUUAUCCAAGAUAAUAUUAUUUUUAAAAAUAGAAAAAAUUAACCAUAACUUAAUUAGACAAUUAUUCAUUGAUUGUUAUGUUUCAAAAACUACUCAACGUACACACUUGAAAUUUGGAAUAGUGGUUCCUCUAAUACUUUUACCAUACAGUAAGAAAGGAUUUUUGAAAAUUCAACUCUUAAUCAAAACUAUAUUGUUAUUUAUUUGUAUUUGUUUAUAGGUCUAUUAAUUUUUUCUAACAAUAAACACAAAAUUAUUUGAUUUUAUACAUAGUGUAUUGCAUUCUUAAACACCUUAUAUAUUUAAUUUUUUGGUUUGAAUUAAUUAAUAAUUAGAUAUUGACAAUUUACCUAAUUAUACGAAAAUUACCGAUCCGUGUAUUUAGCACAGACUAAGUUAUCUUAGUCAAUUAUAUUAAGCAAAUUUAAAUUUUACUAAAUAAAAGCUAAUAGUUAUUACAAUUUUAAGGAUAAAAUUAUAAGCAUAUAUUGCGAAUUUGUUACUUGUGUUCAAAUAUGUAUUUUACAUUUUUUAAUAACAAUCUUUACAAACCAAAGUUAGUUUUUAAAAAUACUGAUUCCUGAAAUGAAUAUAAUAAAAUAAUAUAAAUUUUAAUAAACAUUUACAUUUUAUAAUAAUUGAUUAUUUUUUUUUAGAUUCAGAUGAAUCAGUCCGCCGAGAAGUAGGCAUAAUGAUACCACAAUUCUGUUUUGAGCAUUGGAAACAAAUGGAAGAACUUACAUUUAGAAGAGGUAAAGUACAGUUCAAUAAAGAGCAGUUUAUUCAUUUCUACACACAUGGAAGCUAGAUAAUAAUAAUUUUGUUCAAGAGUCUUUAGUCAUACAAAUAUUAUAAAUAACUAUUAGAUUAUUGUUGUAAUAAAUUCAACUACUUGUUAACAUGUAUACUUUAUCAACUUAUAGAAAAAUAAGGUAUUAAUAUUAUAUUAUUUUUCAAAAUUAUAUUUUAUUAAUUGUUGACUUUUAAGUUGUAUAAUAAUGUAGAAUAAACAAAAUCUAUUUUUUGAUAAUAAUGUCAAUUAUUGUUUUUAAUUUUGAACUUUUGUUAUUAGUAAUUUGCAGC